UUUAGUGAGCCUAAGAUUAACCAUCAAACUUACCCCAAAAAGAAUGGCCAGUUUGGAAGUGACCUAUUCUUCCUCAAGCCUCAGUUCUCCUUCAUUCCCCUUUUCCCAGCUCAUAUCAUUCUCCAAAAAAGUGACACUCGUUAGAUUCCCUAACGCCGUCGUUUCUCCUCCAAAGCUUAAACUUCAAGCAUUUGGGAAAACCAGAGCCACAGCCACAGUGCAUUCUGCUAAGCAAGCUGCUGGAAUUGUGAAAGAGGUCCUUCCACCAGCGCUUGAUUCUACUUCAGAACCACCUCCAUUUUUUGAUGGAACUACAAGGUUAUAUAUAUCAUACACGUGCCCGUACGCGCAGCGCGUGUGGAUCACCCGGAAUUGUAAGGGAUUACAAGGCCAGAUAAAAUUGGUUCCUCUUGAUCGGCAGAACAGGCCUGAUUGGUACGGGGAGAAAAUCAAUCCCACUAAUAAGGUGCCAUCAUUGGAACACAAAAACGAAGUCAAAGGAGAGAGUCUUGAUUUGAUCAAAUAUAUUGAUAAUCACUUCGAAGGGCCUUCACUUUUCCCUGAUGAUCCUGCCAAGAAAGAAUUUGCAGAAGUGUUGCUGUCCUAUACCGACAUGUUCAACGAGGCUGUGUUUUCUUCCUUCAAAGUAGAUGGAAGUGAAGCAGGUGCUGCAUUUGAUUACAUCGAAACGGCUCUUUCCAAGUUUGAAGAUGGACCUUUUUUCCUCGAUCAGUUCAGUCUGGUGGAUAUAGCUUAUGCUCCAUUUAUUGAAAGAUUUCAGCCCUUCUUAUUGGAUGUAAAGAAGUACGACAUCACAGAGGACAGGCCUAAACUAGCAGCUUGGAUUGAGGAGAUGGACAAAAAUGAGGCCUACAAACAAACUCGACGUGAACCAAAGGAGCUGGUGGAAAUUUACAAGAAACGUUUCUUGGCACAACUCUGAAAUCUGUCUCAAAUUACUGAGUUCUAGAACUUCCCAUCGUUCUAGAAAUGGCAUUAAAUUUAUCGUCUUUGUGCUUUUGAGUUGCUACUGUAGGACAUGUUUGGUAGUUAUCUUGGCUUUGAAGCCCUGAAAGUUGACUUGGAAGACCUACGAGGAAUAAGACUCGAUUUAAGAAAAAUGUUUCAGCUUUUAUUACAAAUUUUGUACAAAUUUAAGUGACAGAUAUUUAAUAAAAAUAAGUGUCACGUGAUUGUCAUGCGGC